CACCCCCAUCCUUCUCCAAACCACAAGUUUUCAUCCAACAGAUUCUCUUCCCUGAGAUAUACUCACACAAAUAAACGAGAACCGCAAAUCUUUGCCAGUGGCCUCUUCCAUCUCUCUCUCUUUUGUAAAUUACUGGGAAAAGAAAGAGAGCAAACGCUAGCUUGCUAACUAUGGCUGCCACAACAUCUCCAAUGGCUAGCCAGCUCAGAUCCAGCUUCACUUCUUCCGCGAGGAGAGGUCUGACCGUCCCCAAUGGCAUUUCCGGCGCUUCCUUCAGAGUUUCGCCCACCUCCCGGCGAUCUUCUUCCUUCACUGUCAAGGCCAUUCAGGCCGACAAGCCGACGUACCAAGUGGUGCAGCCGAUCAACGGCGACCCGUUCAUCGGCAGCCUGGAGACUCCGGUCACGUCCAGCCCACUGAUCGCCUGGUACCUCUCCAACCUCCCCGCGUACCGGACCGCGGUGAGCCCACUCCUGAGGGGGAUCGAAGUGGGCCUGGCCCAUGGGUUUCUCCUCGUGGGCCCGUUCGUGAAGGCCGGGCCGCUCAGGAACACGGAGUACGCCGGGGCAGCGGGUUCCUUGGCCGCCGCCGGGCUGGUGGUGAUCCUCAGCCUCUGCCUGACCAUGUACGGAGUCGCCUCCUUCAACGAAGGGGAGCCGUCGACCGCCCCGAGCCUGACGCUGACCGGGAGGAAGAAGCAGCCUGACCAGCUGCAGACCGCCGACGGGUGGGCGAAGUUCACCGGAGGGUUCUUCUUCGGUGGGGUUUCAGGGGUGACCUGGGCCUAUUUCCUUCUCUAUGUUCUUAACCUUCCUUACUACGUCAAGUAGAGUGGUGGGAGGAUGGGGUGAAUUUCAAACAGCCAGAAGAUGAAAUGUGUAAUUCCGAUUUGCCACCAUUUUACAUUGCUCUGUAAUUGUGUAUCUAUGAAUGCUGAAACAGACUUGUGAACAUAGCUUCCUAGACAUUUCUGCUGUCUGAACAUUUCUAUCCUUCCUUGGGGGCGAACUGGAAUCAUUCUGAUGUUUUGUUUCUGAAGAGCUGGAAUCAGUCUGAUGGUUGACUGGAAUCAGUCUAAUGGGUUGGAUUUUCUUUGUGUGCUGGGUAUUUUUUUGGGGUUCUGUUAUCUGCAGAAUAUGCAUCUUCGUUGGAGUACUUAAUAGAUGAAAUCGCGCAGUAAGAUCUGACUUGCUGUACAGGGAUAUUCUGCUCCUGUUGCUGGGAAAUAUGCAAGAAGUCACCAAGAUAAGCUUAGUAGCUUGAUACUUCUCAAUUCUCCUCUAAUGCAAGGCUUCAAUCAACAUUGUCCAUAUUCUGCAACUUCUCGCUGGGUGAAAAUUUAUCUCAGGUAAUCAGGAUAGCUCUACUCAAAACACUUCCCUAUUACUGAAAAUACCUCUCAGGCGAGGAUAGCCAGUAAUUUACUUUAUCCAUAUAUUAUGUAGCUCUUACAAGCACAUGGUUGUGUACAGAUUAAGAUACGAAUU